AUGUUCAGUAGAGAUCGUUCUGCAUUUCGAGCCCCUUUCAAGUCUCUGAUCUUUAAGCAAGAUCUUUAUCCCUCAACAUGGAAACAGGCGACACCCAGAACUCGGGCGACAUUCGAGACUGUUACGAUUGUGAGGGCACCCACAGCCGCAUCGCUGCGAGCAUUCUCGACACCCGCCCCUCUCUGGCAUGGCCGGAGGAAAACCUCCGGCAUGGACUGCUUGAUUGUAGUCUUACGUCGCAUCUACAGUUUUGCAAUGCUAGGUGAAGGUGUAUCCGACGAUCUUGGCUGGGUUCAAGAGUCUGAGCACAAGAAUCCAAUCUUGGGUCAUGCCUGGCACAUUUUUGGUGAGGGGCCAAAGGCUAUAGAUAAUGCCACCAAAGCAAGGCUUGAAGUCGAAAAGGCGCUGAGAGAAAUUGGGCUUAAACCGGAUGCUUCUUUUUAUAACCUUUGUUGUUCAAGUCUCAUGAACGAUACUGUUUGGUCAAAGGAUGUCUUUCGCCUGAGUGAGGCGCCUUUUAAUGCAGGAACCGGUGAGACAAUCGAUCUUUCGAACGAUGAGGUCGCUGAAUCAAGUAUCAUUCACUGGUCUAACGGCCGCCUUGUUCCAUCUAUCGGACGACGUGACUGGCGCGGCAUACCGGCAUGCUUUGUACCCAGUCAGCCAUGGGUCAUAAGGGUGAUGUUUGCAUGCUCCGAGGUCGACCGAGACAACCCCUCUUUCUCGCACAAACGAAAAUUUCUCUUGCCAAUCUGGGAUGAGAUACAAGAGAGUCCAACCCUUGCCUUCGACAAGACGGACAAAGUCGAAUACAAGCUCAUCGCUGUAGUGCGUCUAAGGGACGAGAAGUUGGGGGGCAAUGAUUAUGUUCGGACAUAUUCCCCGUAUGGACCGAACAUCAUCCCCGAGUAUGAACCUUCGACAAUUAUGUCCCAGAAGUGGUCGGCGGAAUCGGAGGGGAAGUAUAUGCUCUUCUACGGACUACCUCCCACUGAUCUACAGAUGACCAACACCAACAAUUUCCCUGAGGUAGCCGAGCCUGAGCUUGUUGACGAAGCUUUGGUGGAGGACUUCACAGAGUUCAUGGCGAAUUUGCGGGGCUCUGAGACAUUGACCCAGGCUGAGGAAGAGCCUUCAUCUUCAGUUACGGCUGUGACCUCGAGCCGUGGUCAAUAUGAAGGGCUACAUGAGAAACUCUCCUCCAACGUUGAGGAGAGCUUAACCACUCAUCCUCCCUCACCGGAUUCUCCUCCUCCUCCCUUGGAACAAAUAUCAAGACACAGGGGCAAUACAGCAAGAGUGAACUUACAACAACAAGAAGGGAAGCGAUCUGCAGAUAUCUCUUCUUCAGGACAGAGGAAUAAAAAGAGGCAUAGAGGUUCUUAUAAAUAA